CAGUGUGAGACCUUAUAGCAAAAUCUCCAACAUUGAACUCCUGAAUUAAUGGUAAUUAAAUUAUAAGUAACUAAACAUGAAUUAAUCUGUGAUUAAUUAAGUGAUUAGUGGCGGUGACGGAGUUACAUGGCAAGAGGUCGAAACCCGACGACGAUGAACCGGAGCGAUCGAUACCUUGGAAGCUACAAUUACGGUGACAGACACGUUACAUCCAUCACCGACGAAUUAGAGCUCGCCGAAGAAGACAUCUGGUCACCGGCCGUCAUUCACGACACCGAAACGCAAGAUUCCUACGGCGCGUGGAACUUACGCGCCACCUUGGAGGAAAACGGGCGCGUGGGAGGGCUGUCGCUGGCUUUCAAGGGCUCUUCUGUCGCGCCGUCGUCAUCGCCGGUGAUCGUGCAUAAGAUCCACGGAGGAGGAGGAGAAGGAGGAGAGAUCCGGAGGAAAUUGGCGUCGUCGGCGCCGGUGAACGUGCCGGACUGGAGUAAGAUAUACCGAGUCAACUCGGUUGAGUCAAUACACGAGCUGGACAAUGACGACGAGGACGAGGAGGAAUCGGAGAUGAUGCCGCCGCACGAGUACCUUGCGAAGAGUCAAGCACGGCGGAGCAGGAAGAUGGGAGGCGGAGGCGGCGGCGCGUCGGUGUUUGAAGGCGUCGGGAAGACUCUCAAAGGACGGGAACUAAGGCGCGUUCGAGACGCGAUUUGGAGCCAAACAGGGUUCUACGGCUAAGUAAUUAAUAAUAUACGUUAAAAACAUUUUUAGAUUUUUAAUUAAAAUUACUUGUUUUCGCAGAAUAGAAGUAAAUUUUGUAAUUUUCGAAAUUUUUUUUAUUUUGCGUUCCUUUUAUUAUCGACGAGGCAAAGAUUUCAGAACACCUCGUAUGCUAUUAUUGUUCUGUCUAUAAAUAUAUUUAAUUCAAAAAUAAUUGUGUCUUAA